AGGUCACUCAUGUAAUACACACGUAUGUUGUAUCAUGCCUGUCUUGAUAUUUAAUCAUUUUUUUGUACUUGCCCAGUAAUAUACUUCAAAAUGUUUUAAAAAUAUGUUAAAACAAUAUACAGUUUCACAUAACGUUAUCACGGUGUUUUAUUGAGCAUAUUGUACAAUAUAGGAAUUUGGGAAUAUUUCAAGUAAGCCAAAUUAACACUAAGUGAGACACUGGGAUGUGUAUUUUGACUUAAAAUAUGGAAAUAUAACGUUACCAUAGAACAGUAACUUGAAAGGAAAUGAAUGCUACGUAUUAUUACUUAAUAAUAAAAUAUUUUAACUGUCCCUGUACAUAUAUUUUAUAUGUUUCCCUUUUUGUGUUUAAUAAAGUUGAGCUACCAGCGGCAGCCUAUGCACUGACAUCAGCACAGAAGUCAUUACAGCGAAUGGUAAAGAUAUGAAAGUGGUGCUUGUGGCAGUCAGACGGCUGCUGCUGGGAGACGUUAAACCACUCCAGUCUCCGGCUCUUAUCGCGCACCGUUUGCCAGUCCGGGCGGAAUCUUCUCCUGGAUUUCACGGCGCUUCACGCUGCCGUUUGGUUACAUUGUAUCCCCAGUGCCGAAAGAGACGGAGGAUCCGAAGACCCGCGACAGACCGCAAGAAAACGAAUUAACUCACUCGAGAAACGACGUGACGGAUCUACCGCGCUGGAGCCUUACGGGAGAUGUUUCAUUCCAGUCCGCGACAGCGGCUCCACCAUGCACGUUGCGGACGGCGUUUCCAUUUCUGAACGGGAUCCCAGAGUGUGAUGGCUGCGGUCCAGCGAGUCGCUGGCCUUCCCUUUCUCUAGUCGCUGGAUGUCUCGGGAGUAUCGUGGGUUUUCCGUGGAUUUCUAACAACCGGGCCCUACCUACACCUAUGGAGUGUACAUGAGCGCUCCCGGGAUAGGAGUUUGUGAGUGUGGGGGCAAGAUGUGGGUGACUGGGAAAUUGAUAUCGAUACGCUGAGGCUGCUGUUGCCCCUUCUUCCCACACCCUGGAAGUCUGAGAGAUCAGACGCUAAAGUGACAGACUCGGGGAGCUGGCACUAAAAUGUCCCUAAGUGGUGGCACUGCAGGCGGGAAAGGUGUGGACUCGAAUGCGGUGGACACUUACGAUAGCGGUGAUGAGUGGGAUAUUGGCGUCGGAAAUCUGAUUAUCGACCUUGACGCCGACUUAGAAAAGGACAAGCUCGAGAUGUCUGGCUCGAAGGAGGCCGCGGGAAUGGCCGCGCCACCCAGCGCCGUCGCAACUCUGCCGGACAAUAUCAAGUUUGUGAGCCCUGUCGGUGCCCCUCAGGGCAAAGAGAGCAAAUCGAAAUCCAAGCGCAACAAAAAUUCUAAAGACAAUAGUAGCAAGUCUCCAGCAGGAGAUGGAGCGAAGAAGGAGCAUCAGGGACGAACCCAAGGGGAGGUUACGGGCACGACUGGUGGCACCGGAGGGGCUAGCAACGCCACACCUGGCAAAGGCAUUGAGAAGGGUGGGAAAGCCUCCCGUGGAGUACCGAACAGCAAAAAGGAGAAGGAGGCGUCUGCUGGGAAAGCCAAGAAGGAGAAGAACGAGAACCUGGUGGCGGCAGUCACCAUUGAAAAGGAGGUAGCUGCUAAUGCUCAAGCACUCGGGAACAGCACGCGUGGCGCCUCCUUUGACCCCGCGCCAAACGCGGACCUGGCGUCGGCCGAGAUGCAUGGGAUUAACGCCCUGGAAACCGUGGGAAUAGUACCGCUGGCUGUUAAGCCGGAGCCCGAGGAGCUGGACAAUGGCGAGUGCCGAGUGGCGAAGAAGGUAAAAAACGAAAAGAUGGAGUCUCCGGUCUCUACGCCCGCCCCUCCCCCGCUCCACCUCCUCGGCUCGGGGGUCAACGCGGAUAUCGCGUCGCCCUGCGAGCAGCUGAUGGUGCGCACCCGAUCCGUGGCCGUCAACACUUCUGACGUGGCCUCGGCCACAGAGCCGGAGUGCCUGGGCCCCUGCGAGCCCGGCACCAGCGUCAACCUGGAGGGCAUUGUAUGGCAGGAGACAGAGGACGGGAUGCUGGUGGUUAACGUGACAUGGCGGAACAAGACGUACGUUGGGACGCUGCUGGACUGCACCCGCCACGAUUGGGCUCCCCCGAGGUUCUGUGAAUCCCCUACAAGUGAUUUAGAGAUGCGGAACGGGCGUGGCCGAGGUAAGAGAAUGCGUCCCAACAGCAACACGCCGGUCAAUGAGAACAGCAACUCUUCUGAUAACAAAGGCAACAACAACAGCAAGACCAGGGCAGGCUCCAACAGCAAGGGUCGGCGUGGAAGUCAGAACUCCUCCGAGCGGAGGACCCCACCCAACAGCAACGUGGAGGACGUCAAAGCUAGCCCAUCCUCAGCCAGCAAACGCAAGAACAAGCCUGCAUCCGACAUGGAGCCCAACUCGAGCUCUGAGGACACCAAAGGCAACAAGCGCAUGCGCACCAACUCCAACAGCGGGGCGACGCCGUCUGGACUUGCGAUUCCCACCAUCAAGACCGAGUGUCUUCCCCCUCCCCUGGACCGCAGCUGCCCGUCGCCGGUACUUAUCGACUGCCCAUAUCCUAACUGCAACAAAAAGUACAAGCACAUCAACGGGCUGAAGUACCACCAAGCGCGUGCUCACAACGACGACGACAUCAAGCUAGACAUGGAUGGGGACAGCGAGUACGGGGAGGAGACCUCUCUCCACCCAGAGCCUGGGAGCUGUAAUGGGGCCUCCGUCUCUCAAAAAGGGUCUCUCUCCCCGGCGCGGUCAGUCACUCCUAAAGGAAGGGGAUUUGAGGUGCAAAGCUCGUCUCCUUCCCCAGGCAAGUUUGGCUCCAAGCCCAAGAAAAAGAACGGCGACGCGGACACGGAAGCUUGCAGCAUUCCCGUGGAUGGCUGCGAAGACGGACCUUCCCUCACCGACGAUGCCAGCAACGAUGGCAUGGAGGACAAGAAGUCCAAAAAGCCCACUGGCGGCAGCAUUAAGCAUGACAAGCUGUCUCAGAAGAACGUGAAGUCCUCCAGGCCCAUGGCCCCAAGCAUCACAUCGCAGCAGAUGUACUCCCUGCAGGCCACGCCCUUCAGCUCUGGGAGCCCCAGCCAUCCUCUGGGAAUGAGCUCCAUGAUGCAGGGCAUCCCCAAGAGCCCGCAGCUUAAAGGCAUCCAGCCCAAGCCAAGCACCACUGGAGACGUGUCUCCCAUGAACACAGUCCUGGGGAGCUCCAAGGACAAAAAGAAAAAGGACAAAAAAAAGAAAGAGUCCUGUAAGGAUGCAGACAGCCCCAAGCCUUCGGGUAAGGGAGGCAAAGCUGAGGAUGGGAAAAGCCCCUAUUCGGAGUCAUCUGACCCAGGAGGCCGCAUCGAAGGCCAUCUGAAUGGCUCUUCGGACCACCAUCAGAGUCGCCUAGCCAGCAUCAAGGCAGAAGCAGAUAAGAUCUACAGCUUUACGGACAAUGCUCCGAGUCCGUCCAUUGGGGUGGCGAGCCGUAUUGACAAUUGCGGCCAGCCCCUCACUCCCCUCCACGUGGUCACUCAGAAUGGCGCUGACAGCGCUUCCGUGAAGACGAACAGCCCUGCGUACUCAGACAUCUCUGACGCCGGAGAAGAUGGCGAGGGCAAAAUGGAAGGCGUGAAGUCCAAGGUAGAAGAUCAUCCUGUGAGGGAAGGAGCCAAAAAGGCUCUCUUCCCCUCACAGGCGCCCAAUAAGGAGUCACCUUACUAUGCUAGCUAUGACAACUACUACUCUCCAACCUACGCCCACCCCAGCCCCGGCGGCGCUAGUGCAGGUGCGUUGCUGGCGGACAGCCAAGCCGUGAAGGUGAAGAAGGAGGAAGAGCAGGAGUCGAGUGAAGAGAAGGCGAAGCCGGAGGUUCAGGAGGAGCGCAAGGCGGAUGCCGCACCCAGCCAACCGCAUCUGCAGUCACACCACCACCACCACCAGCAGCAGCAGCAGCAGCAGCACCACCAUCACCACCACCAGCAGCAGGCCUCCGUCAUCCAGCAGCGCUCCAACAUGUACAUGCAGCCGCUCUACUACAGCCAGUACUACGUACCCCCUUACAGCUACCCAGACCAGGUCUACCACAACCACCUCAUGAACACUAACCCAGCCUACCGGCAGCAGUACGAGGAGCGGCAGAGGCUGAUGGCGGAGCAGCACAGGGCGGCCGAGAAGAAGGCCGACGCGAGCAUGAAGGAGAGGGAGGCCUCCAUGAAAGAGGACUGGAAGCAGAAGGGUCCCGUUCCCCUGGGGCUCACCAAAGCUCCCAGCCUGUCGGACCUGGGGAAGUCCCAGGCACCCAGCAAGCAGAGAGACUCCGCUUCUGAGCCAGCCAAGUCGGUCAUCAUUCCCAAAGGGGAGGAGGCCAAGCUCCAGCCCCUGCAGGCCGAGGGCCUGAAGGUGAAGCUCAGUGAAGGUGGCCAUCAUGGCAAAGAAGACUCCAAAACGGGAGUAGAGUCUGUCCGGCCCAGCAUGGAGCAGGCCGUGUGGUAUAGGCAGUAUCCCGAGAGCCAGAGGCAAGCCGAUGAGGAGCGGGAGCGGGACCGCGAGAGGAAAAGCAAAGACGAGAGAAUCCGGCCUAAGGACGCCGGCCCCAAAGACGACAACAAGGACAUGGCCGAUCGCCCAUCUGCUGCCGCCCCAGAAGACUACCGGGGAGGCGGCAAGGACCCGCGGGCAAACGCCCACCUGACUUUCUCUUCUGCCCUGGCACAACAGCAGCCGUACAUGCACUAUAUGCAUGGAUACCCCUACGGGCAAGGCUACGACCCCAACCACCCUGGAUACAGGGGCAUGCCCUCGGUCAUGAUGCAGAACUACCCAGGUCCCUAUCUGCCUGCUGGUUAUCCCUUUUCGCCCUAUGGCGGGAAGAUGGGCGCGGGAGAGGAGGGCGAGAAGUCCCGCUCCAGUCCCACGGUCAGCAAGGCUGCCUCAGAGGCCAAAGCUCUGGACAUCCUGCACCAACACGCCAACCAGUACAAGAGCAAGUCCCCGACAGUCGGCGAGAAGCCGCCCCAUGACAGAGAGCGAGUGAUGGGGGAGCGGGAGAGGGAGAGAGAAGUGGACCGACCGCGUUCGUCUCCUUCCCAGCGAAUCAUGGCAUCUCACCACCACCUGGGCUAUCCCCUCGUGUCUGGCCAGUACGACCUGUCGUAUGCCACAGGCCUGUCAUCGUCUGCUAUUGUUGCCAGUCAGCAAGCUGCUGCCUCCUCCCUGUACCCACCAGCACGUAGGUGAGAAUGGGAGCCCUGAUUGCCUCACCUCAUCUUUACAAAUGCUCAUGUGACUGGAUCACAUGAGUGAGCAUACGGAGUUCAUUUAGACAUCAGUUGAAUGGUGUUUCUAUAUUUUUAGUUUUGUUUUGGGUUUUUUUCUGAUGUUUUCUUAGCAUCCGUACCUCGUUCCCCACUGAGGACUGUGAGACCAGGUUCAAAGCCAUCCCGCCCCGUCCUGCUCUGCCCGGCUGGCUACCGAACGUUUGCUGUGCGAGGACUCAUUUUAAAAAAUAAUACAGUAAAACCCAAUAAAAAUCCCUGAUCAUGAGAGUGGCUGACUGCGUAACACUCCCACAAUUCCACUGUGGCAAGAGGAGAGGCACAUAGCGCUGGGUCGAAUAAAGAAAAUAAAGACUGAACAGAGUUUAUCACGUCGAAAUAGUUGAAGUCGUUUCCCUUUUCCUUUGGGCACGCACUCUCGAUGACCUGUUAACUGUUUGACUCCUGGUUUUUGCAGCUGUCGUGUUCUGGAUUCUGUAAGUGAGGGGUUCUGGUUCUUUUCACUGUUUGUCUCAUGAAUAUGUCUCUCUAGCGCCCGUUUCUACUUAGUUUAAUCGCCACACGCCUUGUUUUUGUUUGGGUUUUUUGUGUGUGCGCGCGCGUGUGAUUUUUUUUAUUUUUAUUUUUUUUCCUUUCAGGAGGGUCAGAGUUGUUGUCCCCUACCCAGUCCUCCCCAUGAAUAUGUUCACAAAGGAAAUGCCAUGUUCUUAAUAUAUUUGCUUCCUUUCUGUUCAUGAAUGGGAGCUGGUGAAAAAUGUUUGGGUUUUUUUGUUUUUUUCCCCUCUCUCUCCCCCCUCUCUCAAGUAUUUAUUGACGUAGCUUGGCACGCUGUGUUUUGUUGUUUGUUGUUUUGUUUUGUUUUGUUCUUUCCCCCCUGUUUCACUGGACUGAUGCACAUGGCGCUCGUGGAGACCCCUUUACUCUGCCUGCAGAUCUGUCCUGGCCCCCUGCAGCUCCUGUAAGCAGCUGUAGCACACUGACACAGCUGAUGCCCAGAGAAAGCUCUCGUUCUCUGAGCAAAAGCCCAUCACAGCUGUACAUAGCAGGGCCAUGUGGUUCAACAGUUCUCUUUGGUAGCAUAUCACUGGCAGGGGGUGGUCCUCUAUACGAGAGGAGAUUUGACUUUUCUCGGGUCAGGUAUUCCUAUGGCUUGGCGUUGAAUGCUCUCUCCCCGUGGCUUGCCGUGUUGGAUGUACUGUCAUUACCACACAGGUUCCUGAAGUGCGUAGUCAGUGAUGUGACGAGACAUAACUGGUGCUGAGUGAGUGUUUUAACAGCCGUGUGUGGUCUGUGUUAAUGUCGUGUACCUGUUGGUUGGGUGACACCACAGUAAUAUAGUUUGCUCUGCAGUUAUUUGCAUGGGGGCCUCCCGUCCUACGUCUUUUAAAUGAUGUGAUGCUCUAAUGUGUUGCAAAAGUGUGAGAGAUUCGGACCCCCUACCUCCCCAGUAGCCCACCGUGAGUUUUUAUCAGCGGAAGUAUGUCACGUUGGUCAGCAUGGUGUACUAUAGCACUAGAAAUGUGACGGUGUCCUCUCAGGCAAAGCGAGCUUUGUUUCUACACCUUUUGCUGUUGUAUUGCUGUCUUUGCUCUGUACACAUAGUAUGGUGUCUGUAUAUGAUGUACAGAGGAACUAUUUUAAAAAUGCAACUGGAGAUCCGUCAGCUUUUACGGUGUUUCUGUGGUUUUAGCCAUUUCAGUGCUUCUCCUUGUUUUCUCAUUAGUUUGCUCUCCUGCUUCUUUGCCUAUAAUGUUCUUGCCAUACCUCCAUAUUGACUCCAUGCUGAGGGGGGGGGAACUUGGGCUACUACAGAUUCUGUUAGUAUUAGCAUCUGUCAAUAUCACUGAGUUAAAAUGCCAAGUUGGUAAAUUGGAGCUCAAUCCCAUAACUUUUAACUGGUUGCCUGAAAGUGAAAGAAUGGGUUGCUGUGAGUUACACAGAGAGAUUCUGAGGAGACAACCUCUUGGCCUUCUAAGAAGUCAUUUAGCAGGGCUUUCAUGUUUUGAAACCAAAAGCCCCCAGCAAGAGGAUGCCGAGGUACAUGAAACUCGAAGCGCUGGUUUCGAGUUGAAGCCCCAGAGCUUCCGUACUGGAUAGUUUGGUUAAAUGUUCCUGUGGCCCAUUUGGAUUUCCAUCUUGUUGGGGUUUCACCCUCUGCACCAGCGUCCUCAAACGUCCCAGUGCAAGAAUCCCACAACUGGACACUGGAGCGCCGCUGACGGUGCUCUCAGUUCUUGAGAGAGAGGCGUCAUCUCCCUUUUGGCUUCCCUUGUUUCUCUGGUGUAGUCUGUAAAACCUGCUCCAGUGGUGCUUGGCAGGUGUCAUUUGAUAUCUCUGAAGUGGAAGCUGUGCAUUUCUGCAUGCUUUGCAUCAUUCUUCACACUGGACCCCCAUCUGUCCACUCCUGGCUCUUAACACACACAUACUGUUUUGUUUUUCUUUCUCUCUUUCUUUUCACAAAGUAUCAGCCACUGAUACUAAAGGAUGUUUACAUUUUUUUUUAAAUUGUUUUCGUUUGAAAUAAUUCCUUGGCCGUAUCACUUGGAUUGACCUGUCCCCUCCUGGACUGUCCUCUUGUAUGUAAAGUGUACAUUACCAUGUUUCUUUUUUUAUACAAUACUGUAACUUGCCUUUGUACAUUUAGGCAAAAAAAAUAAAUCUUUUUAUGAGACAAUCA